ACCGAGUCCGGAGUGGUUCAAGAUGCUCAGCUACGACCCGUCCCUCCCCGAGCCUGUGGUCCCACGGCCACCUACCGAGCCGCCGACCACCACCCCCACCACGGGGGCGCUGACGAGGGUCGCACCGGGCAAGGGUGUCCCGCACGGUGAGCGACCCAAGGAGGAGCCACCCAAGGAGGAGCCACCCAAGGCUGAGUCACCCAAGGAGGAACCAACCAAGGCUGAGCCACCCAAGGCUGAGCCACCCAAGGCUGAGUCACCCAAGGCUGAGUCACCCAAGGAGGAGCCACCCAAGGCUGAGCCACCCAAGGCUGAGUCACCCAAAGAGAAGCCACCCAAGGCUGAGUCACCCACGGCUGAGUCACCCAAGGGGGAGCCACCCAAGGCUGAGCCACCCAAGGAGGAGCCACCCACGGCUGAGUCACCCAAAGAGGAGCCACCCAAGGCUGAGCCACCCAAGGCUGAGCCACCCAAGGCUGAGCCACCCAAGGCUGAGUCACCCAAAGAGAAGCCACCCAAGGCUGAGUCACCCAAGGAGGAGCCACCCACGGCUGAGUCACCCAAAGAGGAGCCACCCAAGGCUGAGCCACCCAAGGCUGAGUCACCCAAAGAGGAGCCACCCAAGGCUGAGCCACCCAAGGCUGAGUCACCCAAAGAGAAGCCACCCAAGGCUGAGUCACCCAAGGCUGAGCCACCCAAGGCUGAGCCACCCAAGGCUGAGUCACCCAAAGAGGAGCCACCCAAGGCUGAGUCACCCAAGGCUGAGUCACCCAAAGAGGAGCCACCCAAGGCUGAGCCACCCAAGGCUGAGUCACCCAAAGAGAAGCCACCCAAGGCUGAGUCACCCACGGCUGAGUCACCCAAGGGGGAGCCACCCAAGGCUGAGCCACCCAAGGAGGAGCCACCCACGGCUGAGUCACCCAAGGAGGAGCCACCCAAGGCUGAGCCACCCAAGGCUGAGUCACCCAAAGAGAAGCCACCCAAGGCUGAGUCACCCAAGGCUGAGCCACCCAAGGAGGAGCCACCCAAGGCUGAGUCACCCAAGGAGGAACCAACCAAGGCUGAGUCACCCAAAGAGAAGCCACCCAAGGCUGAGUCACCCACGGCUGAGUCACCCAAGGGGGAGCCACCCAAGGCUGAGCCACCCAAGGAGGAGCCACCCACGGCUGAGUCACCCAAGGAGGAGCCACCCAAGGCUGAGCCACCCAAGGCUGAGUCACCCAAAGAGAAGCCACCCAAGGCUGAGUCACCCAAGGCUGAGCCACCCAAGGAGGAGCCACCCAAGGCUGAGUCACCCAAGGAGGAACCAACCAAGGCUGAGCCACCCAAGGCUGAGCCACCCAAGGAGGAGCCGCCCAAGGCUGAGCCACCCACGGCUGAGCCACCCAAGGCUGAGCCACCCAUUGAGCCUCCAAAAGAGGAGCCACCCACUAUUCCACUUACAAUAACAGAGAAACCCAAGAAAGAGCCAGCCAAAGAUAAACAACCUAUAGCUGUGCCACUCACAGAGGAGCCACCUAAAGUGGAGCCACCUAAAGUGGAGCCACCUAAAGUGGAGCCACCCACAACUGAGACGACAACGACUGAGCUAUCCCAGAAAGGGUCAGCCAAAGAGAAGUCACCCAAGAAGGCGUCAUCCACCACACAGUCAUCCACCACCAAGCCAUCCACCACACAGUCAUCCACCGCUCAGUCAUCCACCACUCAGUCAUCCACCACACAGUCUACCACCACCCAGCCAUCCACCACGCAAUCAUCCACCACCCAGCCAUCCACCACACAGUCUACCACCACUGUGCCUCCCAAGAAGGGGUCAUCCACCACACAGUCUACCACGACCCAGUCAUCCACCACACAGUCAUCCACCACACAGCCAUCCACCACACAGUCAUCCACCACACAGUCUACCACCACGCAGCCAUCCUCCACUCAGUCUACCACCACUGUGCCUCCCAAGAAGGGGUCAUCCACCACACAGUCAUCCACCACGCAGUCAUCUACCACCCAGCCAUCCACCACACAGUCAUCCACCACACAGCCAUCCACAACGCAGUCUACCACCACCCAGCCAUCCUCCACUCAGUCUACCACCACUGUGCCUCCCAAGAAGGGGUCAUCCACCACACAGUCAUCCACCACGCAGUCAUCCACCACACAGCCAUCCACAACACAGUCAUCCACCACACAGUCAUCCACCACACAGCCAUCCACAACGCAGUCUACCACCACCCAGCCAUCCUCCACUCAGUCUACCACCACUGUGCCUCCCAAGAAGGGGUCAUCCACCACACAGUCAUCCACCACGCAGUCAUCCACCACUCAGUCAUCCACCACACUGUCAUCCACCACACAGUCAUCCACCACGCAGUCAUCUACCACCCAGCCAUCCACCACACAGUCUACCACCACACAGCCAUCCUCCACGCAGCCAUCCACCACUCAGUCUACCACCACUGUGCCUCCCAAGAAGGGGUCAUCCACCACCCAGCCAUCCACCACGCAGUCAUCCACCACACAGUCAUCCACCACGCAGUCAUCCACCACCCAGCCAUCCACCACACAGUCUACCACCACACAGUCAUCCACCACACAGUCAUCCACCACCCAGCCAUCCACCACCCAGCCAUCCACCACGCAGUCUACCACCACUGUGCCUCCCAAGAAGGGGUCAUCCACCACACAGUCAUCCACCACACAGUCAUCCACCACACAGUCUACCACCACCAAGCCAUCUACCACACAGUCUACUACCACACAGUCAUCCACCAUCAAGUCAUCCACCACACAGUCAUCCACCACACAGUCUACCACCACUCAGUCUACCACCACACUCCCGAGUGAUCCACUAAACAAGAAGGCGGGUAAACAGUAAAGAUAACAGAUAGGAGAGAGAUAAGCAAUAGCAUAGAGGUAAGAGAUAGGAGAGAUGAUGGAUAGGAGAGACGAGAGAGGAGAGAAAGAUGUGAUAGGAGGAAGAUAUGAGAAAGAGAGAGAUACGAGAUAGGAUGGAGAUAAGUUAUAGCAGAAAGAUAAGAAAUAGCAAAGAGACACUAUAGGAGAAAUAUAAGGCACAGAGAGAGAGAUAUCAGCCAGACUCAAUUAUUUGGGGGAAACCCUAUGCGCAAAUAAGUCCAUUGCAGGGGGGGUCGGCAAAUAAAAUAACGAGAAGAGAUUUUUUUCGAAUUUGGCAAUAUUACAAGAGCCCCAUUGUAAGUGGUGAGUAUGAGGCGGUGGUGGGCCUUGAUAAGAAACGUCACGAAGCAGUCGUUAAAGAUCUGCGGGUUGGCCGAGUCCCCUCUCCUGGUUGGUGCUGGGGCGAUGUGGACUUUCCCGAAUUUUGUCCACCAAGGGAAUCGUCGCUGACGCAGAAAGGGCCGCUCGGCACUUUUUUUUCCACACCCAGCCACGACGCAGCAAAAAAACCGUCCAAAUUUGCCUUCAAUCGGAGAGUCGCCAGCCACAUCGGCCUCGCAGCUGAGAUUUCAACGGGCAAACGAGCGGACGAAAUCCCAAUCGAUCCCACUAGGAACGGACGAAUUAGCUCGUCCGUUCCAAGCGGUUAUACAAACAUGCUGACGGAGCAGCGGUCCACUGAUUAGGUCUAAAACUAAAGAGCUCUGCAACAAAACAGCGCAAAGACAAAGUGCCGGGCAUGCCGCGGGAUCGCACACGGGAGAGGCUGCGGCAUUUUCGAACUUUAGUUUCUAUGGGACCCUUU